GAAGGAUUUCGAGGGAGGGGUAGAAAAGUUGUCGUGUCAAAAGUCGACAAUUGAGCGUCAAAUGGCAGCCUUGUGUCUUUAUAGCAAGUGCAUGUCGAUAAUAAUCAGAUCUAUAUUACAAAACUCAAGCAAAUUAACCCAUUUAUGAAUCUGAGCAAAUUAACCUUGAUUUAUAAAUCUUCUCACUGCAGUUCCCUCUAUCGUGCGAAAUCUCGUCGUCAGAGAGAGUGGAGAGAGAGGGGUGUGGCCGUAAGGGGUCUGUUGCUGCUGAUGCUGUGGAGAUUGCGUUUAUCUCUCAUCUAGUCAUCGUUGUCUGCACUUCGUCCUGUCAACACCGGCGUCAUUCGCGCCCUGGAUGGCAGCAUUUGGAACUCCGGUGUGAGUUAUUUUUUUCCCGAGGACUUUUGACUUAUAAGUAAACAACCAUGACUGACCCAAUGACACAAGAUUCAUUCCCUGUCCCGGAUCCCACAAUCGUGGAUCCUUCGGCCGUACGGAACGGCGGAUGCGCGUCUAAUGCGAAUCUAUCCAAAAUACCGAGUCAGGACGAUCCUUUUAAUAUGGACCGGGACCAAGAGAUGAGAAUCACCGACAGCGUUGAUGGUCAAGGCCUGCUGGAGAGCAGCAUGCGACUAAAGCCCCACGAGGCUCAGAACUACAGGAAGAAGGCAUUGUGGGUGUCUUGGAUCUCCAUCGUGGUGACAAUCAUCCUGGCAGUGGCAGCCUUCACUGUUUCAUUCAUGAGACACAGCGCAUCAGCCUUCGGAUUUGCCUUUGACGCCACGUUGGACGUGCUAUCUUCAAUCAUCGUGCUGUGGCGCUAUAGCAACGCAGCAGCUGUCCACUCUGCCCAUAGGGAAUACAUAGCGUGUGUGGUCCUUGGGGUGGUCUUCAUCUUGUCCUCCCUGUGCAUUCUGGGAAAAGCCAUCCAUGACCUGGCCACCAAGCUGCUUCCUGAAGUGGUGAGAGACGUACACACGCUCCAUGGUGUGUUAUUAAUGUGGUUCUUCUCUGUGGCUGUAGCGUUUAACUCCAUGGUGGGGGGAAUCAUGGGUUUCUCCAUCCUCAUCAGUGCUGAGGUGUUCAGACACCACCCUGAUGUCUGGUACCUGGACGGAUCCAUCGGCGUCAUCAUCGGACUCGUCAUCCUCACGUAUGGGGUCAAACUGCUGCUGGACAUGGUACCCAGGGUGAGACAGACCAGGAACUACGAACGCUUUGAGUGAGCCAGUCACCAGAUUAGUGGGAUGCUCCGAGGACCAGGGUUACACCUGCCACAGCCCCAAUAUCUAUCUAUCUAUCUAUCUAUCUAUCUAUCUAUCUAUCUAUCUAUCUAUCUAUCUAUCUAUCUAUCUAUC